AUGAGGCUCAUCAUCCGCGACAAUGCUGAAGCUGCCAGCUCCUACGUGGCCGACUACAUCGUCAACCGCAUCACCUCCUUCUCUCCUACUCCAACUCGUCCCUUUGUCCUUGGUCUCCCGACCGGCUCCAGUCCCCUUGGUAUCUACAAGUCUCUCGUGGAGAAGUACGAGACUGGCUUGGUCUCUUUCGAGAAUGUGGACGAAUACAUCUCCCUCUCUCCGACCAACCCUCAAUCCUACGCCUCGUAUAUGCACGACAACUUCUUCUCCCACGUCGAUAUCCCUCCGCAGAAUAUCAACCUUCUCAAUGGCCUUGCCGCAGACCUCGCUGCCGAGUGCUCACGCUACGAAUCCAAGAUUGCUGCCGCCGGCGGAAUUGACCUGUUUCUUGCCGGCCUGGGAGAGGAUGGGCACCUAGCUUUCAACGAGCCCGGCUCCAGCUUGGCUUCACAAACGCGUGUCGUGACACUUACGGAAGAUACUAUCCUCGCAAACAGUCGUUUCUUCGAUAAUGAUGUGGAUAAAAUGCCCCGUAUGGCCUUGACCGUGGGCGUGAAGACAGUCACGGAGGCGAAGGAAGUGCUGAUGAUCGUUCUCGGUGCGAGAAAGGCGAGAGCAUUGAAAAAGUGUGUAGAGGAUGGGGUGAGUUGUAUGUGGACGGGCUCGGCAUUGCAAAUGCACGAGAAGGCUAUCGUGGUCUGUGAUGAGGAGGCGGCGGGUGAACUAAUGUGGAAGACCGUGAGGCACUUCAAAUCCGUUGAACACCGAGAAUCGAGCCAUGAUCACGGCCGUGACCAAUCCUUGUCCACCAGGAACGACCUUGGUACCUCUGAGACCAACCCCAAAACCGCCACCGGACCACUAACACCCGAGGCAACGCCAAAAGCAACGGCCGCCCACACCUCCCCGUCUCCCAUUUCUCCAGUAGCCGAAACAGCCCCAAUCAUUCUCGCAAAACCCGUCGAGCCAGCACAGUCUUCAGUAUAUACGGCUCUGGAGAAAGAAAUCCUCGCUCAACCCGUGCCAAAAAGUCAUGGACUCCUGGGUCUCCUCGGGACUUCAUCAUUUCCACCUAUCGAGUCAGCCGCCCGCCAUUCCCAAGAGCCGUUUCGAGCUCAGCCUCAGUCCCACUCGCAAUCAGAUGGUCAUACUUCGGACGGAGGUUCUGAGGCAGAGUCGGAGUACAUUGACUUAGAGCCAGACAGGAUGGCCUCCAGGUUGAGUGAUCCCGCUUUUGCCGCUGAAGCAUUGAGAAGGUUGACACCUAAUCCUGAAGAAGGGAGAAAGUAA